AUGACGGCCAACAUGGACGUCAGCCUGGACGAGAUCCUCGCCGAGCGCAAGUCGGAGCGCCGUGGCAACCGCAGCCGCAACGAUCGCAACGAUCGCAACGACAGAAACGGCGGUCGCAGCGGACGGCGUGACCGCGACCGGCGCGACGACUACCCGCGCGAUGGAGUCCGAAAGGUAGGCAAGACGGGCGGUGGAAUGGCCCAAAGGCACACGGGCAGAUGGCCAUGA